CCGACACCGGCCACCAACCCGGCCGGGCCCAGCCCAAACCCACGGUAACGUGGAACACGGCGGAAUUUCUCUCUAACUCUCGUGUUCUUCUUCUUUCUCCUCCCAGAUCCCCAAAUCUGAGUACGCGAUUCCCUCCCACCUCCGAGAUCUUCCCGGUUGGCGCCAACCCGGUUCGAUUCGGGCCCGCCAGCGCUAGGGUUUGGCGGGAUUGAUGCCUCCGCGCCACGCGUGACCGCUGCCCGGGGCUGGAGAUCUCCGCAUGGAUCACAGGGGCGGCGAAGGAGGUGGCGGCGGCGGAAACAGGAACCGCACCGAUCUCCUCGCUGCCGGACGGAAGAAGCUGCAACAGUUCAGGAAGAAGAAGGAGAAGAGGGGCCCCGGUAAGAGGGCUGAAGGCCAUGCGGAUGCUGAGGCCGAGGAAGGGGAGGCGAAGGCGGGGGCCGAGGCAGUGCCGGAGCCGAAAUCGCCUGUUGGAUUGAAGUUGCUCGCUGGGGAGAGUGGCAGCAGCCGUAGUACUCCAUUUGAGGAAGCAGAGAGAUCGCAGGUUGAGCAAUGCAAUGGCCAAGGGCCUGGUGCCAUGGGGUCCAGCCCUGUGGAGAAUGUUGAUGUGGUGCCUGGACAGGAGGAGGGUGAUGAUUAUGAAGCACAUAAAGUCAGUACUAGCGAGCAGGGGAUUUCAGAGCGUGAAAGCUCUGGACCUGGUGAUGGCGAGGGUCCAGCAAUUCAGGCUAUCAAUGGUGAUGACAGUGGUGAUCUUGCAGAAGGAGCUCAUCUGGGUGAGGUGUGUGUUGAUAAGAAACUGCCAGAUUGGAUUUUGAAGGGAAAUAUGGAGUUGAAUACUUCUUCUCAAGGUAGCGGCGCCGGUGAUGAUUUCAACCAACUAGGGGAACACCAGCAGGUGGAAAUGGAUCCUGCUGGCAGAUCAACGAGUUCCGAUUUCAAAGAAGUUGACGAGAUGCCAAUUCCUUCUCAAGACAUCAGAGCUGAUAAUACUAAUGAUGAAGAAGGAGCUCGAGAAAUGGUGAUGGAUGUUUCUGGGAGUCCAUCAGAUGUAAUUAUACAACAUGAUGUUGAUCCCAUAGUUUCUGCUGAAGUAGAUGCAGAGACUACACAUGAAGAACAGUUAACUGUUGCAGCUUCACAUGAGAUUCUUGAGAGUACUGCAAGAAGUGACACUAAUGAGGAAGCUGAAGGAGUGGGCAAGGAAGCUGUCCAAGAAAACCCAAGUACAGCACAUGUAACAGAGGAAGCUAUCACUGCAGAUGAUUUGAUUUUUCAGGCUAGGUCAACAGGGGCAGUGGGUAUGCCGCUUUGUGAGGAGAACGUUGAUCCAGCUUUAUUUGGGACUGUUGUAUUGCAAGAAAUCAUGACAGGUCAUUUUGAGAAUACUCAGAGGCAUCUCUACUUGAUAACUCUAUCGAGGGAUUUUCUUCAACUGCAUCUAGAUGAGGCUGCUGAAAUGUAUUCAGAUUUUACACAGCGGUCUUCUGAUGAAACCACCAAGCUCCAGGUACUACUAAAAGAAACUGAAGAAAGCAAGUUAGCAGUUAGCAAAGAGCUUCAUCAGUGUAGACAUGAGCUCUCGGAGGUGAACACAGUAAGGGGGGAACUUGAAGCAAUCAUAGCUUCUCUGAAAGAGGAAAUCAACACUAGCAACUUAAAGUGCGCACAUUUGGAAAUUGAACUGUGUUCCUCCAAGGAGAACACACAACAAAUCCAGAGUGAAUUAGCUGACAGCAGAUCGUUACUGGAAGCUGUACAAAAGGAGAAUCUGGAGCUAACUGCAAGCCUUGCUUUUGAGAAAGAAGCCAAGAAGGAAGUUGAGGACCAGCGGGACCAUCUAUCUUCCGAAAACAAGAAGCUUUUAUCGAAGUUGUCAGAACUUGAGCUUGGCUUAGUUUCUAUGAAAGAGGAAAUGAGUGCUAGCAGUAGCAGAUGCAAUGUUUUGGAGUGUGAGCUGUGUUCCUCCAACGAGAACAUGGAGCAUACUUUGACAGAAUUGGCAAAUUGUAGGGCUUUAUUGGAAACAUUUCAAAAGGAUAAUUCAGAGUUAUCUGCGAAUUUCGCCUCUGAAAAAGACGUAAAUAGGAAACUUGAGGAGGACAAUGUGUAUCUAUGUAAUGAAAAGGAUAGGCUUUCUUCAGAUCUGUCUGAACUAAAUGACAAGUUGCAUCUCUCAUAUGCCAAACAUAAGCAGCUAGAGUCACAUGUCAAAGAUGUGGAAACAUACUUCGGACAACUUACUGAGCAGCUAAUUGAGGAAAGUCUGUACAGCAGAAGCAGCGUCGAUAUUUACCAAUCUGUAAUCAAAGAUUUGGACACAAAAUACAAUGUUGUGCCGGGCCAAGUUCAGAAUGUUGUGCAUCAAGAAAGUGAACUUCAUUUGAAGUCACCUGAAGAAAAUGCUGAAAGAGCCAUUACGAACCCUGGACUUGUUGGGUAUGGUACUAAUCAGUGUUCUCUUAAUCUGGUCAAUGAGAAUGACUCAUGUAACUCUACUGCUUUGCAGUCACUGAAGGGCCAUCUAGAGGUGGCAAAAGGUGAUUUGCAUGACCUUGAAAAGUUGCUAGAGAGGAUUUCCUCUAGGUCUGAUGGACGUGUUCUGGUAUCAAAACUCAUUAAAUCCUUCGAGUCAAAAGGAAAUGAGGAUGAUACUGGAAUAUCUGAGGGGGAGCAUGAUGAUUUACAAAAGUUAACACGGGAGAUGAUAUGCCGCCUUGGGGAAAAGUUGAUGGCUAUGAGCUCAGAUCUUACAAAGACUGAAGAAUAUGUGUCUGAACUGUGUAACAUAAUUGAACUUUCGAUCAAUUCUGCUGUGCAGCAUGAUAAAGAUAGACAACAGACUGUUGUUCUUGAGGACAAAAUGGACGAACUUGCUGGGAAGCUGAGCAACUACAAAGAUGCAAUUGGUAAUCUGCACAGUCAGCUCGCUAUUGUGGAACAGGAUGCAAACAGUAAUGCUGGAAGGCUCAUUGAUCAAGCAGAACUGUUGCAGAAGGAUGUGGCAGAAAGGAUUUCCAUUCUUGAGAAGGAGAGAAUGUCUUUAUCAAAUUUGCUCAGUGAAGUAACAGAUAAGCUCAGCUCUUUGAGAGGAAUUGCGUUUCCUAAUGAUUUUAGUGAAAGCAAAGAUCUUAAUUUCCAUGGUUUGAACUGUGUGGAUCUUGUUGCCACAUCAUUCCAAAGUCUUCAGGAGAAAUUAGAGGCUGCUCAAAAUGAUAAUACCCAGCUAAGUAGUUCUUUGACAGAGCUCAAGAAAGCAAAUUUUGUUGCUCAAGAGAGGAGUGAGCAAGCAUAUGGAAUUGUCAAGAAACUGUAUAAUUCCCUGCAGGAACUUCUAUGCGAUUCUCUUAAAAAUUCAGUUGAAUUUGGUACAGGAUAUAAUGAUGAGGAACCAAUUGAAAGUCAAUAUGGAAGACUCAUUGAGCAUUUAAAGAAUUUGUUGCAUGAGAACCAUUCUAUACUGUCAACCAAUGCCGACCUAGAGUCGAGACUGUUGAGUAAAUGCGAAGAAGUUGAGGAGCUCAACAUGAGAUGCAGCUCUCUAACAAAAAAUAUGAAUGACAUUUGCAUUCUGAACGAGGAGCUUAAGUCAACUUUUUUGAGUAAGAAUGCUGCACAAGAUGAACUACACAGUAGAUGCCUUGCUAUAGCAGAAAAAUUGGUUUCCCACUCAGCAAAUCAUUCCUCAACAAUUCUUCCAUUGAUGUCUGAUAGUGGUGAAGUUGAGGGGUCUAGCAAGGAAGACCAUAUUCUUACCACCUUUCUUCCAUGCAUUGAGGAGUGUGUGGCUUCGUGCAUUGAGAAAUUCGAAGAUGCAGUUGAAGAAAUCCGCUUAUCAAAGAUCUGCUUGCAAGGGAUCAAUACUUUUGACCAUAUUUCAUCUGACAAGUGGUCUUCCCCCUUGCCUACAUUGAUCAAAGAAGAAAUUGUACCAAAAUUGUGUGACUUGCAAGACAGAGUUGACCAGCUCAAUGCAUUAAACAUUCAAUUAGAAACUGAAGUUCCAGUUCUCAGGGAUGGCUUGAAAACACUGGGUGAAGCUCUUGAUACUUCGCGUGCUGAGCUUCAGAAAAAGGUUUCUGAACUUGAACAGUUAGAUCAGAAACUUUCAUCUGUCAAGGAAAAACUUAGUAUCGCUGUUGCAAAAGGUAAAGGUCUUAUAGUGCAACGUGACAGCCUUAAACAGUCUCUGUUGGAGAAGUCUGGUGAGGUCGAGAAGGUGACGCAAGAAUUGCAGUCAAAGGAAGCAUUGCUGAAAGAGAUGGAAGCCAGGCUCAAAUCCUAUACAGAAGCAGAUCGAAUUGAAGCUUUGGAAUCGGAGCUCUCAUACAUACGGAAUUCAGCUACGGCUCUAAGGGAUUCAUUUCUUCUAAAAGACUCUGUUCUUCAGCGGAUUGAAGAAGUUUUAGAAGACCUAGAGUUGCCAGAGCAAUUUCAUUCUCGGGAUAUAGUCGAAAAAAUAGAACUGCUGUCAAAGAUGGCAGUUGGUGUUUCUUUUGCUCUAUCUGAUGGUGAUAAGAGAUCCUCCAUUGAUGGGCAUUCUGAGUCUGGUGCAGCCAUCGAUGGCAUAAAUGAUGAGCAAAACUCGAAUUCAAAUCCAGUGUCAAAUGAAGUAAAGAACAAAUAUGAUGAGCUGCAUAGGAGAUUCUAUGAACUGGCUGAACACAACAACAUGUUGGAACAAUCACUAGUGGAGAGGAACAGUCUUAUACAGAAAUGGGAAGAAGUCCUUGGCCAAAUUAGCAUUCCCCCACAGUUCAGGAUGUUGGAAGCAGAAGAUAAGAUAGCAUGGUUAGGAAACAGACUGUUGGAGGUCGAACAGGAAAGAGAUUCAUUACAAUCAAAGAUUGAGCACCUUGAGGAUUCCUCCGAGAUGCUUAUUGCUGAUCUAGAAGAGUCGCAUAAAAGGAUAUCUGAACUCAGCGCAGAGGUUGUUGCUAUUAAGGCUGAGAAGGAUUUCUUCUCACAAAGCCUGGAGAAACUGAGAUUUGAGUUCCUUGGACUCUCUGAGAAAGCUAUUCAAGAUGAGUUUGUCAGAGAUAAUUUGCGAAAAGAUCUAUCCGAACUACAGGAGAAGUUAGAUGAGAAAACUGAGAGCAAGAAGUAUCAUGAUAUGGACAUAGAGAUCAACAAACUCCUGAAUUUGGUUCAAGACACAUUGCAGGAUGGCAGUAAUUCUGAAAUUCCAUCGGAUGCUACUUCUGCUGUGUUGUGUUUGGGCAAAUUGUUGAGGAAACUUUUAGACGAAUAUGGUGCCCUUUUGUCCAAGUCCACUGUAAGCAGUUUUGCUGAGAGAGAGAUUCAUUUAGAGGAAACCAAGUCAUCUAACAAUGCAUCUACAUCAGAGACUGGUACAUACGACAAAGAGAUGGAACUGAAUACUUUGAAUAACGAGUUAGAUCAAGCUCGCAAUAGUCUGGCCUUGGUGGAGCAGCAGCGCAAUGAAGCUGUGGAGAAGGUACAAUCACUAAUGCUGGAAAUUGAGACUUUACAGGCUCAAAUAAACAAAUUGCAGGAAAGUGGUGCUGAGCAGAUGCAAAAGAAUCACUUGUUAGUUCUUGAACUAGAAUCAGCAGGUAAGCAGCGGGACAAUCUGCAAGAGCAGUUAAAUCAGGAGGAGCAAAGGUGUGCCUCAUUGAGGGAGAAAUUAAAUGUUGCUGUCAGAAAAGGGAAGGGCCUGGUGCAACACAGAGACAGCCUGAAGCAAACUAUGGAAGAGAUGAAUGCUGUCAUAGAGAAACUUAAAGAUGAAAGAAAACAGCACAUAGAAUCACUUGAGACUGAGAAAUCAUCUUUAAUGGGUCGAUUGGCUGAGAAUGAGAAGAGCUUGCAUGAUACAAACCAGUACUUGAGUGGAUUAUUAAAUGCUUUGAAUAAAGUGGAUAUUGCUCGAGAAUUUGAUAUGGAUCCAAUCACCAAGGUUGAAAAGAUAGCAAAGUUUUGCCUCGACCUGCAGGCAACAGUGGUUUCAUCACAAAAUGAAGUGACAAAAUCGAAACGAGUUACGGAGCUGCUUCUAGCUGAGUUAAAUGAAGCUCAUGAAAGGGCUGACAACCUGCAGGAGGAACUGGUCAAGGCAGAAGCUGCACUUUCUGAAUCUUAUAAACGAUAUAAUGUUAUAGAGUCUGCAAGAGCUGAUGCUGUUCGCCACCUUGAGCAUAUUAUGCACGUGCAGUCACAAACAAGAAGGAAGCAAGUAGAUCAUUUGAUGGAGUUGAACUCCGCCAGCAGUCAACUAAGAGAAGUCUGCUUUGAACUUUCACAUUGUCUUGUCAAUACAUUCAGUAAGGACGUGGACCUUAUUGGCCAUAUGGAGAGCUUCAUGAAAUCUUCUGGUAAAUGGAUGGACGGCGCUAUGAUCGACAUACCCAUCGCUUCUAAACAUGCUUUGUCCAAUAGCAUGAACAGCAAGAAGGCUCAUAUUCCAAAUGCUCCUUUGGAAAUUAAGAUGGACGAUACCGACGAAAGACAGCUUUUGCAUCAUCUUGCUAUUGCAUGCCAUGCUUUAUCUGAUUGUGUAAAUGACUGUAAUGAUCUCAAAAGAAGCAUUGAUGAGCAUGGCUUUUCAGUUGAACAGAAAGCAACCGAGCUAUUUGAUGUUAUGUCCAACUUGCAGAACAGAUUCACUUCUCAACAUAAUGAGUUGGAAUCUUUGAGAGAAAAAUUGGUCGAACUACAAUCAGAGAUGAAAGAGAAAGAUGAUGAGAUUGUAUCUAUGCGCACGAAUAUGAGCUUGCUAUAUGAAGCAUGUACUAGUUCAGUUGCUGAGGUUGAAGGAAUGACUGUUAUAUACCCUGUUAACCGGAGCUAUGUUGACUGUAUAAAAUCAAUUGUUGAACAGUUAGUUGUGACUGUAAAAACUUAUCGGAACAGUAAUGAAGGCAGCACAAAGGAACUCAAGGCUACUGUUCUUGAGUUGCAGCAGGAGCUUCAAGUUAAAGAUGUCCAAAUUAGUACAAUCAGUUCAGAGCUUUCAUCUCAGUUAAGGGAGGCAGAAUCUUCUGCGAAGCAGCUUUCUGUUGAGCUUGAAGAUGCAAGGAUGGAACUCUGCAAUUUGGAGAAGCAAGUUGAUGUGUUGCAUAAUCAGAAGAAGGCUUUAGAGACUCAAGUAAAUGAUCUUAAAGAUAUGGAGGCAGUGGCAAGUGAGCAGCAUGGAAGAAUGAAGGAAUUGACUGAUGAACUAAGCAGAAAAGACCAAGAAAUUGAAGGUUUGAUGCAAGCACUUGAUGAGGAAGAAAAAGAGCUUGAAGUCUUGGAGAACAAAAGCCACGACUUGGAGCAAAUGCUGCAAGAAAAAGAAUUUGCUUUAAAGAGCUUAGAAGUUUCUAGGACUAAAUCUUUGGGAAAACUUGCAACAACUGUUGACAAAUUUGAUGAGUUGCAUAGCUUGUCUGAAAGUCUUCUUGCGGAAGUGGAAAACCUUCAGUCACAAUUGCAAGAGAGAGAAUCAGAGAUCUCUUUUUUGCGGCAGGAAGUUACAAGAAGUACCAAUGAACUGCUAACCACUGAAGAGAGCAACAAAAAGUACUCAUCUCAGAUAAACGAUUUCAUUAAAUGGUUAGAAACGGCACUGUCACAGUUCGGUGUGCAUUGUGAGAGUAUCGAUGAUUAUGAUUGCACCCAUGUUCCUGCAUAUAUGGAUAUCUUGGACAGGAAAAUAGUAUCUCUGAUAGCUGAAUCAGAUGAUUUAAGGGUUGCAGUCCAAAGCAAAGAUUCUUUACUACAGGUUGAGAGGACCAGAAUGGAAGAGUUGAUGCGUAAAUCCGAGGCUCAAGAAGCUUCUUUGAGCCCAAAGGAUUCUCAGAUAGGGUUGCUUCGCCGAGACAGGACAUCCAGUCAACCGAGCAAAUCUAUAAACUUGCCAGGCACUUCAGAGAUUGUGCAAAUGACUGACAAAGUAAGCCCAGCUGCAGUUGUCACUCAGAUUCGAGGUGCGCGAAAAGUCAACAGCGAUCAAGUUGCUAUUGAUGUAGAAAUGGAGAACAAACCAUUGGAUGAUGAAGAUGACGAUAAAGCGCAUGGUUUCAAGUCAUUGACCAUGUCACACUUUGUUCCUAAGUUCACUCGACCUAUAUCGGACCGAAUUGAUGGGAUGUGGGUCUCAGGUGAUAGAUUGCUCAUGAGACAACCGACCUUAAGGCUCGGCGUCUUGAUAUAUUGGAUUGCACUUCACGCAUUGCUUGCUAGUUUUAUUUGAAGUCUAUAUGUAAAGCUGUAGUAAUCUCCUUGGCGAGUGACUGUACAGUACUAUGUGUCCAUGUCCAUAGCAAGCAAUUCAAAGCAAGCAGACAGUACUAAUAUGUUCUUUUAGAAAUGUUACCGAAUACAUGAGCCAUAUUGGCAGCUGCGAACCAUCUUCAGGCCGCAUUUUCCGUCUUCGGCGUGCCUUAGCUUGGGUCCAAGAGCACCAGCAAUGGCCAGACCGUGCACAAAAGGAGGACUACUGAAGAAAGCAGCAGCAACGAACCCCUGUACAUACAUUUUUGUUUGCUCUAUUCUUCGCUUUUUUAGAAAGAUGGUGAGCAUUUUACAUGCUAGCCUCUACAUUAUAUGAUACAGCAUUACAGAAAAGUGUUAUGGUAGUUUUGGAAGUUAGGGUUUUGGGAUGGUAACAGGUUAUCCCCCUCCCUUAAGUUGCUCUCUGUAUUUUCUCAAGCCUUUUUUUUACAUGCACAACACAGUAAUUAUUUCAUUGUUAUCAAUACUGUGCAAUGGGGAGCUUCAAUUUUAUUUUCUUCAA